GUAAUUCUUCUUGCACCGUGACCACUGCUUCGUCCCUCGCGACCAUGGCAUCCCUAGCGGCAAUGGCAGAACCGCCUACUCGCCAUGUUGAUGGUGCAAUGAUGGACUACUUCAUGAUAGAGCUCGUCGAUGCCGUUCGAGAAUCUUCAGCCGUCGCGACGGCUCGCGCAAAGAAGGUCGAGCAAGAGAUGGUCGAGUCUGGACUACUACCUCCACCAGCACCACCGGUACCAGCACUACCCCUCAAGGAUAACCCUAGGGACUCGUUAACUAGCAUUGCUUCGCGAAAUAGUGCCACCGCCAAAGCGAACCCAGCAACCGAGGCAGAGGAGGCAGUACGGAUGCGUUUGGAGGCCAUUGGAAUCCAUGUCGGUGCCAAUUUUACAGAGAGACUUUGCUUGGAAAAAUUGCUUUUCUCCGAAACACUCGACGCUGUCAAGUUUAUCUGCAAGGACAUCUGGACCGCCUGCUGGGAUAAGCAAGUUGAUAAUCUACGGACAAAUCACAGGGGUGUUUACGUGCUUCAGGAUAAUUCCUUCAAAUCAAUCUCUCGCCUUUCUUCUUGGAAGGGCCGAGAAGACGCCUUACAGCAAGCCAAGAUGUACGUCGCUCUACCAGCUGGUAUCAUCAAGGGCGCCCUCUCAAGGUUGGGAUACAAUGGUACCGUUGCUCCCGAAGUUACAUCCCUUCCACAAUGUACCUUCCAAGUCAAGCUUCCAAAGUCGUAAAAUGAAGAAUUGCGCUAUGUGGCGGGUGUAGAACUACGUGAUACAUUCAUGCAGCAGGUAGCCAUGAAGACUCCUGUGGCCGAUGGGACCAAGUCGAGGCUUCUUUUGGGGCACUACGCUGCCAACGGGCUGCGUCGCAACAGAAAUUACGUUUCUGAAUACAGGUAUAAUACCAUGAUGUUGUUUUGAAUGAGUCGUUCUGCAAUCGAUAUGCGUCUUCCGCUCGCCUAUACAGAA